AUGGCUCCCUCUCAUCCACUUUCCAUCCUCUCUAUUGCAGAGACCAAUCUCGCGAGAGAGAUUGUGCUUGCCCAUCACGACAAGGAAGUCAUUGAUUUUCGCGAAAUCUUCCUUCAGGAACCUACGAAGAAGGAGUUGAUCGAGUACCUGAAACUUGAACAUGAAGGUCGUUUAAGUCCUUCUUCUCCCAGGCCUGCGAGGCUUGCUAAGUGCCAGUACGAUGUCAUUGGCAAGGAUAGAAUUCCUUCUUAUCAUGAGAGUGUGGUGGAUAUUGGAUCUAGACAGAGAAUCAAGCAUGAGAUCAUUGGCAAGGAACAUCAAGCCGCUUUGACUCUCAAAGAAUUCGACGUCCUGGUCAAUGUCUGCAAAGCCGAUCCCAACUUCCAACAAGCAAUCAAGGACCUCAAUAUCCCGGACCACUAUGAAAUCAUCAUCGAACCCUGGCCUUACGGUGGUCUUGAUGAAGAAGAUGAAAGUCGUCGCUACUUCCAAGGUCUUAUCUUUGCUCAAGACACUCGCAACGGAAACCCCGACUCUAACUUUUACGCCUUCCCUCUUCCUCUCAUCCCCGUCUUGGAUAUCCACAAAAAGCAAAUUUGUAGGAUUGAUAAACUGGCUACUGGAGGUAAAAACGAUGGGCUUAAGGAUAAAACUCAUGGAGAAAGGAUUCUGGAUCAUUGCACCAAUGCGGAAUAUGUUCCUGAACUGCUACCCCAGGGACUCAGACAAGAUCUCAAGACUUUGAAUGUGUUGCAGCCUGAUGGACCUUCAUUCAAAGUUACUGACGAAUCUCUUGUCGAGUGGCAGAAAUGGCGUUUCAGAGUUUCGUUCAACCCGCGCGAAGGAGCCGUUAUCCACGAUAUCCACUACGAUGGUCGCAGCGUCUUCCACAGACUUUCAGUCUCUGAAAUGACUGUUCCUUACGCAGAUGCCCGACCUCCUUUCCAACGCAAACAAGCCUUUGACUUUGGCGAUGGCGGCGCAGGAAACUGUGCUAAUAACCUUUCCUUGGGGUGUGACUGUCUAGGCGUCAUCAAAUACUUUGACGCUGUGAUUGUGGAUGAUGAAGGAAAAGGCAAAAUCCACCCUAAUGUUAUUUGUCUGCAUGAGCAAGACGAAGGCAUUGGUUGGAAACACACCAACUGGAGGACGAACCGUGCAGUGGUUACUCGCAGCCGUGUGUUGGUGGUGCAAUUCAUCAUCACCCUCGCAAACUACGAAUACGUCUUUGCGUAUAAGUUCGACCAGAGCGGAGGUAUCGAUAUCGAAACCCGCGCUACGGGAAUCGUCUCCUGUGUCAACAUCGACCCUGGCAAAACUUCUAACUAUGGAAAUGUGGUUAACCCUGGCGUGCUGGCUCAAAACCACCAGCAUAUUUUCGCUUUCCGCAUUGACCCUGCAAUCGACGGCCACUCCAACACAGUCGUAACUGAAGAAUCCCACGCUGUACCUAUGAACCCCACCACAAACCCUCGAGGCAACUACUACGAAGUCCGCAAAACGCCCAUCGAGAAAGCAACAUGGCAAGAUGCCGAACCCCGUUUAAACCGCGUCUUCAAAAUCGUAAACGAAAACAUCAAAAACCCCAUCUCGGGAAAUAGCGUAGGGUACAAGUUGGUUCCUCCGGCUACGCAAUUGUUACUUGCAGAUCCAAACAGCGUUCAAGCCCAACGCGCCCAAUUCGCUCAACAUCACCUUUGGGUCACCAAACACAGAGACGACGAACUCUACGCUGGAGGAAGGUUUACUAUGCAAUCGCGCAAAGAAGUGGAUGGAGUUGCUGAUGCAGUCGCCCGCGGCGACAAGACUAGAGAUACUGAUGUGGUGGUCUGGAGUGUCUUUAGUUUGACUCACAACCCUCGUGUUGAGGAUUGGCCCGUUAUGCCCUGUGAGAUCCAUCAGGUGCAUUUGAGGCCUGCGGACUUCUUUACUGCUAACCCCAGUAUUGACGUGCCGCCGUCGAGCAACAAAGCUUCUGUGGAGGUGCCGAAGAGCUGUUGUCAGCCUGCACAGGGAAAGCUGUAA